ACUUGUGUUCCAAACCAAUUUUUCACAUUAUUUUAAACAUUUAGUCUCUCUCCCUCUCUCUAGCAGAGCAAUUGCAUGGAUUGCUCAAUCAAGAAAAAGCGGUCCACCCGUCCCCCCAGUGUUUACUUUGUUGUUUUAUGUACAUUUCUGUUAAAGAAUUAAGCAGCGCACAAAUACACACUUUUGAAGGGAGAAAGUGUGAAAAAAGACGGGAGUGAGCGAGAGGGGGAGGCAUGGCGGCAACACCAUCAUCUGCAUCUGAACCAGAAGGCACGCCAGUGGUCGAAAAAGACGCGGAGAAAACCAUACAGCCGCUGAGGCUGCCCACCCCUGAAGAGAUCCGGGGUCAAGACAUAUGGAACAACUGCGCGGUUCGCACCGCAGUCAGUGGCAUCAUGGGAGGUGGUCUUGGGUUGGUCAUGGGCUUAUUCUUUGGGGCCUUGGACAACCCAAUAAUGCAGGAAGAGAUGACCGCCAGACAGCAGUUCGUGUACACCGCGAAACAGAUGGGAAGGAGAAGUUGGAGCUCUGCUAAGACGUUCGCAGUCAUGGGUCUCAUCUUCUCUGGAGUAGAGUGCGUCGUAGAGAAGGCUAGGGCUAAGCAUGACAUUACGAAUACAGUUGCAGCUGGAUGCGUUACUGGGGGAACGCUAUCUGCCAAAGGUGGUCCUAAGGCAGCGUGUGCAGGUUGUGCAGGUUUUGCUACAUUUUCAGUUUUGAUCGAGAAAUUCUUGGAUAGGCACGAUUAAUAUGUAAUUGUACCUUUCAUUAGAAGAUCCAUUUUUUUACCCUUGGUUUAUUUUUUCAUCAAAGUUUUGGGUGUCAUCAUGGUUUGCCCCAAAUGGCCUUCGGCUGUUUUACUUAGAAUAAGGUCAUUGCUAUCUUUCCAGUAUUUUGCGGUUGUCAUCAAGUUGUUUCUUCAGUAGUUCCUCUACUUGAUUCUUGAAGUCAUGAUACAUGACGGAGGAACUUCUUACAAUUUUCCAGUAGUGUAACUGUGUAAUUAUAACAAAGAUUUCAGGCAACUGUACUCCAACAUGUUUACUGAACAAUAGAGAAAGGUUGGACGGAUACUUUUCGAACAGCCAACACUUUUAAUGUCAGAAUAAUUUCUUGUCAUUGUUAUGAGGCAAUAUAAUACAUGUUGAAGGGAUUAUAAGUU